AUGCGGACUUACCUCUACUCUACCUUCGUGGACCUGACGAAAGCCUUCGACACGGUGAAUCGUGAAGGACUGCGGAAGAUCAUGCAGAAUUUCGGCUGUCCGGAGCGAUUCACUCAGAUGGUGCGUCAGUUGCACGACGGUAUGAUGGCGCGAGUCACGGACAACGGAGCUGUCUCAGAGGCAUUCGCAGUGACCAACGGAGUGAAGCAGGGAUGCGUGCUGGCACCAACCCUCUUCAGUCUUAUGUUCUCUGCCAUGCUGAUGGACGCCUACCGCGACGAACGCCCCGGGAUCCGCAUCGCCUACAGGACGGACGGUCAUCUCCUGAAUCAACGGCGAAUGCACUUCCAAUCGCGCGUAUCCACAACCGUCGUGCACGAACUCCUCUUUGCCGACGACUGCGCCCUGAACACCACCUCGGAAGAGGAGAUGCAACGGAGCAUGGACCUAUUCUCCGCCGCCUGCGAGAACUUCGGUCUGGUCAUUAACACGCAGAAGACGGUGGUAAUGCACCAACCGCCACCCAACUGAGCCACAGCCCCCAACGCGCCGCCGCAAAUCAGCGUGAAUGGCACCCAACUGCAAGUGGUGGAGAACUUCCCGUACCUGGGCAGUGCCAUCUCCCGGAACACCAAGACCGAUGACGAAGUCGCCAACAGAAUCUCGAAAGCCAGUCAAGCCUUCGGUCGCCUCCACAGCACAGUUUGGAAUCGCCACGGUCUUCAACUGAGCACGAAGCUGAAGAUGUACAAGGCCGUCAUCCUGCCGACACUACUGUAUGGAGCGGAGACUUGGACGGUGUACGCAAAGCAGGCAUGCUGUCUAAACCACUUCCACCUCAGUUGUCUUCGUCGCAUCCUGAGGCUGAGCUGGCGGGAUCGAAUCCCCGACACUGAUGUGCUGAAACGGACGGGAAUCCUCAGCAUCUACGCCAUACUGAGACAAAUGCAGCUGCGCUGGAGCGGUCACCUAGUGCGCAUGGACGACGAGCGACUACCCAAACGACUCUUCUACGGAGACGUCGCGACGGGUUAG